AUGAAAAAUAAGUGCUGUCAUCAACCGCGGAGAAGGGGAGCGAGAAAGCUGUUGUCUCUAUCCCACCACCUUCUCUCUUUAUAACCUUUUAAAGAGGAAGGGCUAAAAAAAAAAAGAACACACCAUAGCUUUUGUCGUACAAAUCUUCCUCGUCUCCAAACCCUGAGAGAGGGAAAAGGAAACCCAGAGAUCUUUCGGCCAGUCCAUGCAGCUUUCCGAUCUUUCUUUCUUCUGCCAUCGCCGCAUUCGGAUUUCCUAGCUCCCGUCUCUCCAUCUCUGCAUCCUUCGUUGGAGGUCGAACGAGAACCGGAUCUCGACGCUGAUUAGGAAAGUUAGAGGGAGCGACGGGAAAAUUCUGAGGAGAAAAUGGCUAACCGGAUGAAAGAGGACGAGAAGAACGAGAAGAUAAUCCGAGGGUUGUUGAAGCUUCCUGCAAACCGGAGAUGCAUCAAUUGCAAUAAUCUGGGACCUCAAUAUGUGUGUACAAAUUUCUGGACCUUCAUUUGUACGAACUGCAGUGGAGUACACCGGGAGUUCACUCACCGUGUAAAAUCAAUAUCAAUGGCUAAAUUUACUUCACAAGAAGUUAAUGCCCUUCAAGAAGCAGGAAAUGAGCAUGCUAGGGGAGUUUAUUUCAAGGAGUGGGAUCCACAUCGACAUUCAUUUCCUGAUAGCAGUAAUAUUGAUAGACUUAGGGACUUCAUUAAGCAUGUCUAUGUGGAUCGGAGAUUUACUGGGGAAAGAAAUGUUGACAAGCCUCCAAGGACAAAAGGUGUUAGGGAGGAUUAUAAUGAAAACAGAAAGAUGGAAUCAUAUCUCAAUGAUUCAAGAAGCCCACCAUAUGAUCUAGGACGAAAUGGUGACAGAAAUUUGAGAUAUAGUUAUGGAGAACAAAGUCCUGGAUGCGAUCGAAGCGAUCACAGAAGAAGUUCUGCUCAUUUUGAGGUGGUAGAUGAUAGGCUUCGAGAUGACAGAUUUGGAAAUCGAAACCAAAACCGGAGAGUUGAAGACCGACGGCUUCCAGAUGCACCAAAGUCAGAGGGAAGGUCACCAAACCAUCAGAAAGAUGUCAAUGUGACAAAUCCCCCAACGAUAUGCCCUAUAAAGGAUGUUCUAGGUGAAGAUAUGCCAGCACUUGGGGUUGGUGACCCACCAAAAUCAAAUGGGGCCAGUCAUGAUAAUUCUGCACAGACACAGAGGACCUCAUCAUCAAGUAGCCCAGGAUCCACUGAUGGAAAUUCGGUGCAAUUGAAGAGGGCAAACUCUGGAAAUUUGAUUGCUUUUAGUGCUGAUCCUCUGCCUUCUGCUGCUGAAGCACCGCAACAAGCUGUUCCUCAAGAAAUGGCGUCUCCUUCAGCUGGUGGUGGAGAUUGGGCAUCUUUUGAUGUCACUGGCCAGCAGAAAGCACCUCAAGCGGUUGCAAAUGUCAAUACUCUGGAAUCUGCAUUAGCCCAAUUAUCAAUUCCUGAAUCUGCAUCAGUAGGCACUUUUGAUGUCAUUGGCCAGGAGAAAGCACCUCAGGUGGUAGCAAAUGCCCAUACUCUGGAAUCUGCAUUAGCCCAAUUAUCAAUUCCUGAAUCUGCAUCAGUAGGCAAUAUGUCAAUUUUGCCUGUUUCUGGUGUUGACUUCUCUCCAAAAGCCCAGGACAGAGGGCAUUUGCCCAUGAUGCAACGACAACAGCCUUUGCUAUUUUCUGUUGCUGGCAGUCAGUCUAUUAAUCAACCAUCUAGCCUAUCUGCUGUUGGAUAUCCAAACAACCAGACAUGGAGUUCAUCACCAGCACCAAGCAUGCCUGGAUCUUUGUCUGCCCCAGCUGAUGCGCCAGCUGGACAUCUAUCUCAAAUAGUCAUAAAACCGCCUCAAGAAACAAGUGCUGGAGUUCCAUCAGAACCCUCUUCUGCAGAUAAUAAAACCAGUGGAAGGAAAGAACUUCCAGAGGAUCUUUUCACUUCGCUUUUUUCAACAGCACCUUUAUCAGCUUCAGGCUGUCUAAGAGGUCCCCAGCUCGGCAUGGGGUAUGGAAUGCAAUAUCCCACUGGAACGAUAGAGCCAGCAUAUCCUCAGUCAGCGAAAUCAGCAAACCCAUUUGAUCUCACCAAUGAGCUAGCUCCACUUAAUGCUCCCAUGUUCCCAUUUAUGGCAUCUCUUCAAGGGUCGGUACCAAAAAUGACUGCUCCACGAAACCUACUACGCAGUUACAGCUUUGGAGCUCCUUCCCCAAGACAGAUGCCAUCACAGCAACCAUCUUAUCUAUCAUCUGUCUCUCCAAGUCUGUACAUGAUGCAACAGGUUCCAAGCAACAUGAUGCAACAGGUUCCAAGCAACAUGCCUCAUCAUCUACCUGCCAAUAUGGUUCCGAUGGUACAUCAAGGAAUUGUAGGUCUUGGCAGUGAGGGCGCUGCUUUUGGCAGUAUAGGCAUUGAUUAUCAUCCAGCUGGCCGGUACUCCCAACCGAGCACCCCAAAUUCUUUUUCUCCUGCUGGAGGAAACCCUUUUGGAUAGGCAUGAGAAGUGAAACUAUUGAUUGCUACUUAUGCUGGCAAAAAAAAAAAAAAAGUCUAAAGCAUGAUGGCUUAAAACCCACAUGUUUCUCCAAAUCCUCUGGUUGACUUCCAAUAUUUGGCCAGUGUGGUAAGAGGAGUUCCAGUUUUCAUGUAAAACUAACAUGAAGAGAAGGAAAAAGAGCAAAUAUUUUCUGAUUGAAAGAUCGGGAGCAUCGAGCAGGCUACUGAUAUUCAUUUUUCAGUCCUCAUUUAGUAUAAAUUAUUGUUGUUAUGAGAUAGCGUCAUGCAAAAUUCAGAGCUGUGCUGUUUCAAUUUACAGUUUGUAGUCAUUAUGGGUCCUCGUCUGUUCUGCCCUUUUUUUUUAAUUUCUUAUGCUGUUUCCUUUUCCAUAUGUAUUGCCUGAGUCUGUGAAGGGGCUAUGUAAUAUUAUGCCGGUAGAGUUGACUUAUGUGUAAAUGGAAAAUCAUCUUUGAAUAUUCGAGUUAGCUCUGUAUCAGAAUAUUUAAGUAAUAUUCUGCUACCUUUUAGUCCUAAAUCUGAUUUUGCUGAAAAUGAACAUUUC